AUUUAGACAGCAGUGCAGCUCAAAGCAUUGUUCUCACCAGACCAUGAUGGACUUCUGUGUCAAAGGUUUUCUGUGGAUGAUAUUCAUCCUCCUCACACCGCCUCUCCUUCACUGCAACAAUGUUUGCCCUGAUCUCUGUCAGUGCCGAACUCUUAGUUACAUUUCUUGCAGCGGCCGCAGUGCUACAGAUAUGCUGCAGCAGCUGGGGGUCCACACGUACACACUUCUGCUUGACAAGGCAAACAUGACCGUUAUUACUGAGAAAAGUCUGGCAGAUAAGACCCUCUUGCUGCGUUUUGGUCUGACCAACAGCCACCUACACACCAUCCAUCCCCUGGCCUUCCAUGUAUCUCCUCAGCUCAAGUCUCUCAAGUUUACAGGAAACGAUCUAACAACCCUUCCUGCUCGGGUCUUCAGUCCUCUCAGCGUGGUGGAGGAGAUUUACCUAGAUAGCAACCAGCUGGAGGUCAUUGGUCCGGAGAUGUUCGAGGGGCUCAACGGGUUAAUCGUUCUGGAUUUGAGCAGCAACAGAAUCAGAAAUCUUCCCCCUGAUAUGUUUGAUGGGCUAACCAGCCUAAUCAUUCUGAACCUGGGUAGGAACAACAUAAAGACACUGCAUCCAACAAUGUUUCGCUCCCUGACCAAACUUCAGAGGCUCAGGAUCUACCAUAAUGAGCUGGUGCUGUUGGAGAGAGGGAUCUUCGACCAGCUUGUGAACCUCCAAUCUCUGAAUCUCCAUCACAACCAGAUCAACCACCUUCCGCCUCAAGUGUUUUGGUCACUGGGUAAUCUGACAGAACUCACCUUGUCCUCCAACCACCUUCAGUAUGUCCCUAGCAAGAGCUUCUAUAAUAUGCCUGAACUCAAAAAACUAACAAUUUACAGUAAUCCAUUGUUAUCUUUGCCAGAUGAACUGAUGGGCCACAUGCCUCAUAUUACACAGUUUUAUUUGUACAAUACCAGCCUUACAAGUGUUCCUGGAAAUCUCUUUUCCAACAUGUCUGGGCUGGUGGAGUUGAACUUGCAUUUAAAUGAUGAACUAUGGUACUUACCACCAGAUCUUUUUUGCUGUCUUCCCAAUCUUAAAAAGCUUUCCCUCAGAAACAACCGCCUUAAAUAUCUUCAUCCUGAUCUUUUUCACAUGCUAACCAAAAUGAACAUACUCUUGCUCAAUGACAACAAAUUGUCUCGCCUACCUGGGAACAUUUUUCAGGAUCUUACAUCAGUUGUGACCAUGGAUUUGAAAAACAACAAUCUCAAUUCACUUCCAGGAGACAUUUUUUUGUCAAAUACAGUAUUGAAAUCUCUUACUCUGAGUGGAAACCCUUGGGAUUGUGAUUGUGCUAUAAGGGGACUCACAAGAUGGCUCAAGCAGAAUGUGCAUGUUGUUCUUGACAGAGACGAUGUAAUAUGUCACAAUCCGUUAUUUAAAUUACUGCGUCAUCUCCACUCUCUCCUUGAGGACGAAUUCAGUUAUUGUGAUGAAAAAAGAGCAACAACUAUAUUGCAAACACAAACUGACUCAUACAAAGAGACCGAAACAUCACAUUACACUUCAGUCAAUCCAUUUGAGAAAUCCACCCCAUUAGAAACCACAACAUACUCAAAAUAUUUCUAUGACAUAUUGGUAGUACAGCAGGGGCCUGCUUAUGUUCACCACAAGAUUCACAAAGGCUGGGUAUCUGUGUGGUUUCUGCCGUCCGGUUCGGCUUUGGUUGGAUCGAUAAUGUUUUGUUACAUCCUUCUUUUAGCCAUGGGGUUGGCGCUUGUUUUAGCUGCCAUAUAUAGCAUGCAUCGUCUCAACACAGCUGUGGACAAGCUGAAGGCUAAGUGUGCACAUGGUGAGGAGCAUGUCAUGUUAUCAGGCUUGGUGCACACUUGAAGAUAAAACGGUCCCUUUUCACAAGCUUUUCUUUCUGACUUGCUUAAGUAGUUUUUUGCUAACCCGCUUGAAUUUUUGGAGACUUUAAACUUAUAUAUUUUAUUAACUAAAUGUUUUUUUUGGUGACUUGAAAAAAAAAAG